UAGAUUCAACCCUGGUCGCACCGCAGCUACCUCGCAGCUCCAAAGUGCCUCGCAGGGCCUGCAACACCCAAUUUCAUCUGUGAUGACUACGGGUUCGAGGCCGACGCCGAAGGCAGUAGUAGAACACCGAUAAGUCGGAGGUCGACUUGCCUUCCUCUCACUCGAUCUCUGUCAAUCAACAACAUACACCUAUUCUCUUCGGGUGAUGCAGAAUGUUGUAUGGCAUUCUCUGCCAACAAAUGGCUAGAAAUCACCAUGAAUCGACAUGUCUUCUCCGACCAUAACUGCGCAGUCGUAUUUAUAGAAUUUGGGAAAUGUUCAGGCAUCACAGCGGCUUUUUUGGGAUGACUGCGCGGGGAGGGUAAUGAUGACUUUUAAUUUUCCUCUCGUCUCUCUUCCACCAUCCUUUCAUACACGCAUCUUUUUCUCGAAUCAUGGCACGGAGUGGUCAUUUCGAUUCAUCUACUAUAAGUCUUUUGGCCAAUAACUCAUCACAGGGGCUGCGUAGUCGGGAUUCAGAAUGGGCAGAUAAUCCAUAUCCCGUAGGGUCAACAGGCUCGAGGACACAGUCAUUGUCUGGCAAAUUUUCGCUCGGUGCUGACCCUUCAACAUGGGGCUCCAACCUGUCACCAAACUUUGCAGAGCCUGAUGAUGCACUCCACUUGCCCACAGUGCGCAACGGAAAGAUGGUAGAAGAUGCCGAUCUUUCUUUCUCAAGCCGAGGGAUUGCCAAUGUAGGCUGCUUGACCAUCCUUUGUUCCGGAAUCCUUGCGUUAUUUGUCGGGUAUCCCAUCAUGACGUAUGUGCGAGACCAAAAUACAACGACAACGACAACGACUACGGCUUUGGGGGUCAACUCUUCAGGCGAGGUUCCUGACAUGGGGAACUUCGGCCUCAUUGACGCGGAUACCCCCGAAGAUGCUUAUACCUUCACUUCGUGGCGAGAUGGAUCUGAGUGGCAACUUGUCUUCUCAGAUGAGUUCGAGACUGAGGGACGUACGUUCUAUUCUGGCGAUGAUCCUUACUGGGAGGCAGUCGACCUACAUUACUGGGAGACGAACAAUAUGGAAUGGUAUGAUCCUGCAGCGAUAACAACUGCUAAUGGUUCCCUUGUAAUCACUUUGUCCAAGAAAGAAACACACGACUUGGAUUAUCAAGGAGGUAUGGUGGCGACAUGGAACAAAUUCUGCUUCACUGGUGGUUAUUUAGCUGCCUCUGUUCAGCUUCCUGGAAUUAACAAUGUCCUUGGUUUGUGGCCCGCUGUGUGGUCCAUGGGAAAUCUGGGACGUGCAGGUUAUGGCGCUUCGCUGGAAGGGAUGUGGCCUUACACGUACGAUUCUUGCGACGUCGGAACGGCGCCUAACCAAACCAUUGAUGAUGAACCCACGGCUGCGCUAACUAGCGGUUACUCAAGUUCGGAUUACGCGCUCUCAUAUCUUCCCGGACAGCGUCUUUCACGGUGUACCUGCGAUGGCGAGAGUCAUCCAGGUCCUAAACAUUCUGACGGCACAUACGUCGGGCGCUCUGCCCCAGAAAUCGAUGUUUUCGAAGCACAGGUUACCGAUGACGUUGGAUAUGUAUCACAAUCUGGGCAGUGGGCACCAUUCAACAAGGGAUACGUCUGGGACAACAGUUCGGACAACUUGAUCAUUGCAGACAGCAGUAUAUCGUCAUUGAACUCGUACAUUGGUGGAUCGUACCAACAAGCAACUUCAGUGGUUUCAGAGACAGCUCAGGAAUGCUAUCAAUUACUGACCGGAUGCUUUUCUACCUACGGUUUUGAGUACAAACCUGGGUACGAUUCUGACGACGCUUAUAUCACAUGGGUGAACAACGGAUCAGUGGCUUGGACCAUAAACGCCGCAGGCGUUGGGGCUGACUCGGAUACCGAAAUUUCCGCCCGACGUGUUCCAGGAGAACCGAUGUAUAUCUUGGCGAAUCUUGGAAUGUCGACGAACUUUGGGACUGUAGACUUGGAGCAUCUCACCUUUCCUGCAAUCAUGCUUAUAGAUUGGAUCCGCGUUUAUCAGGAUCCGGAUAAUAUCAACAUUGGCUGCGAUCCGGAGGAUUUUCCGACUGCUGAUUAUAUCGCGACCUAUUCGGGUGCAUAUACCAAUCCUAAUUAUACAACAUGGGUUGAUGACUACGGCCAGACAUUCCCUAAGAAUUCACUGGUAGAUAGCUGCUAGAUGAUAUAUAUUGGUUUUCCGUCGGGACAGUAUAUACAGUAACAUUUUUCAUUACAGUGUACUACUAGCGGUCAGGAUUUUCUGUCUUAUCACUGCUCUCACCUACGCACUACUACGGACAGUCGUUAAUCCUUUCUUUCUCAUGUAGAGCAGCUUAACUGUUCAGACAACGCUAAUAUUUGUUGUCUUUGCUAGAGGAGUGAAAAUUUGCGUUGUAG